AUGUCGCUCCUCGCCCCUGCCACGGCUGCUCGGGCACUAGCCUCUGCUGGCUCAUCUUCGGGCUCUCGCUCGUUCAGCACCUCGAUUGUCACCUUGAAAAAGUCAAACCGUGCUCGUGGUGCGGCCAGAAAGUCGCCUCGCAACCAAGCCCUCUUCGCUGCUCUGUCUCCGCGCCUCUCGCCAAGGCAAGGUGGUCUCGCUGCUGCAGCCACUACCACUGCGGCAGGCAAGUCGGGCAAAAAAGCAUCCAAUAACCUCGAGCCAGAAGAAGGCGAGACCCUGCUCACCCUCGAACAGGCGUGCGAGCAGCUUCAAGCUCACGGCUCUGCCAAGAGACCGCUCAAUGCGUUUGAAGUCCACAUUGUCACCUCCGUCUCUACACAUCAGACAAACGCACUCCGCGGUCGCAUUGCUUACCCCAAGGACCCACGGACAAAGCAGGAGCGUCUGCUCGUAUUUGCCGAGGAAGGCUCCGAGGCUGCCGAGGCCGUCAAGGAGAUUGUUCAGAACGAAGCUGCAUCUUCUUCUUCAUCGUCGUCCGCGGAACCAGCCAUCAUCCUUGGUGGCUCGGAACUCAUCUCGCAGGUGCUCAACAACCGCGUUGCCGGCUUUACCAAGGUGCUCUGCACUAACACUCUGCUCUCGGAGGUGUCCAAGGGUCUGGCAAGGUCACUGGGUCCCAAAGGUUUGAUGCCCAACCCUCGUCGAGGAACCGUUGUGCCUUCGGAUGAUCGCAAGUCGAUCUUGGAUGCGAUUCGUGAGUCCAAGGGUGCCAUGGACUGGAGGUCGGACAAGGUUGGUGUGAUUCGGGGCGCUGUGGGAAGGCUCAGCUUUGACAAGGAGGAUGUCAAGAAGAACGUCAUCACGCUGCUCGAUGCUAUUGUUCAAAAGGUACCUACGCUGGGAUCACAGCAGGCGGCACAGGGUGCUGGUCAGGCCAAGGAGUAUACCGUGCGCGAAAAGAGGUCACCCGGCGAGCUCAAGAAAGCGGCAAACAUUAUCAAACAGGUCCACCUCAGCUCGACUCAAGGACCAGGGAUCAAGCUCGACUUGCGUGAUGUCCUUGCCUGA